CUUGAUGUUGGUUCUCAUGUGCAAGCAGACGUAACAACUGAACUGAAUACACAAGUCAGAAGUUAGUACUGUUAUUAUCCACAUUGUGGGUGUUUAAACGUGAUUUGUAUGGAUUUCUAGUAUAUUAAGUUUUAAGUAAAAUUUCUGCACUUCAAUGGAAGGUAUAAAAGAUGACAGGUUUUCUCAAAUCUCGUCAGAUCCUCGUUUUCGUUCAGUUCCAAAAUCAGUUAGAAAAGUGAAGAUAGAUAAAAGAUUUCAGUCCUUAUUUACAGACAGACGAUUCCAAGUGAAGUAUAGUGUUGAUAAAAGGGGCAGACCCGUUGAUCAGUCCUCACAUGAAAACUUUAGAAAAUACUAUGAUUUGUCAAGUGAUGAUGAAUCGGGUGAAGAGGAAGAAGAAGAGGAAAAUGAAUCUGAAAAUCAGCAGAACCACGAAACAAGUUCUAAAUUGAUUCAAAAACCUUCUAAAUCUCCAAAAUCAAAUAACUGGACUGUAACAUUAUCAAGUGACAAAGAUGCCAACUCGUUAGAUGAUAAUGAAACAAACAAAACUGGUAAUGAAAUAAACAAAAAUAAUACAAACAUUUUAAAGAAAAGCAAAAAAUCACAUAUUGAUCUUAAUGAUACUGACAGGACUGAAAAAGCUCGUAUGACUGAUGAAAUCAAAAUGAAAUUAAGGGACCCCAAUAUUGAUUAUGCUCGAGGUGUAGGUGCUCUUUUGUCAGAAAGCUCCUCAGAAGAAGAAUCAAAUAGUGAAUCAGAAUCUGAUGAUGAGACUCAGGACCACGGUUGGGGAGAGCUGGACAAAGAUGCUGAGACUACUGAUGAACCCACAGAUCGUCUGGCAGUCCUGCACAUGGACUGGGACAGGAUACGAGCUGUGGAUCUCAUGGUGCUGUUUAACUCGUUUUUACCCCCAAAUGGAAUCAUCAACUCCAUUACAAUCUACCCAUCAGAGUUUGGACUGGAACGAAUGAAAGAAGAAGAAGGAAAAGGUCCCAUUGAACUUGUUAACAUAAAAAAUGAAGAUGAGGAAACACUUGACGAAGAAAGCAAGGAAGGGAAACGAUACCACAUGGAACGGUUGAGACAGUAUCAGCUGAACAGGCUGAAGUACUACUAUGCCAUAGUCAAGUUUGACUCCGCGGAGACCUCCAACCAUGUAUAUACUGAGUGUGAUGGACUGGAAUAUGAGAGCAGUGCAACUAAGUUGGAUCUGCGAUUUGUUCCUGAAGAAGAAACCUUUGAUCAGGAACCACAUGAGGUGUGCACUGCGAUGCCAGACCCAGCGAAGUAUGAGCCUCGGCUGUUCAUCAAUACAGCGCUGCAACAGGGCAAGGUGGAGUUAACAUGGGAUGAGAUGGAUCCUAGACGCCAGGAAAUCACCAAGAAGAUACAGAAGAAUGCUGAUAAUGUUGACAAUGAUGACAUUAACGCUUACCUAGCCUGCUCUAGUGGAGAAGAAGAGGAUGAUGAAAAUCACCAAGAUGACACAAGUAUUGUACAUGACAUCAAACAAGAUUCAGAAGGAGUGAAGGGGAAAGACAAAAUUGCUCAGUACAAAUCUUUAUUAGCGUCAUUGGAAGAGGAAGAAGAUAAGAAAAGAAACAGAGACGUGGAUCUAGAAAUAACAUGGGAUGUUGGUAUGAAAGAGAAGGCAGAAAAAUCCAUCAAAGAAAAACUUAAUACGCCUCAAACACCUUUUGAAGAGAUGUUGGAAAAACGCAAGCAAAAGAAAAAGUUAAGAAAGGAGGAGAAGUUAAAACAGAAAGGAAAAGAACAGGAAAGCAGCAGUGAAGACAAUUUGUGUUCUGAUGAUGAGAUUCCUUCAGAUGUUGACAUGGCCGAUCCAUUCUUUAGAUCAGAGCAAGUAUCUACAGUAAAGAAAAGUAAGAAAGCUAACAAUGAAGUAGAAUCUGAAGAAGCUAAACAAAAGAAGGCUGAACUUGAGCUUCUACUUAUGGAAGAAAAUGAUUCUGAAGUUCAGAAGAGUCACUUUAAUAUGAAGUCCAUCCAAGAUCAAGAAAAUGAUGGAAAGAAAAAGAAAAGAAGAAAGCAGUUAAAGAAAAAGAAUAUUAAAGAAAAUAUUACAAAUAAUGAUGAUUUCCAGGUUGAUAUAACUGACGACAGAUUCAGUGCCUUGUUCACAUCUCAUCACUUCAACAUCGAUCCUGCAGAGCCCCAGUUCCGCAAGACUAAAGCAAUGGAUGUAAUCAUAUCUGAAAAACUCAAAAGAAGAAAACAGGAGCAUGAACAGGAUCUGACACCACCAAAAUUAUUGAAAACAGACCCAGAACUAUCACUUCUUGUAAAAUCAAUAAAAAAUAAAACAAAGAAUAAAAAAUAACUCUGACUUUUAUUUGAU